GAUCCUGGAAAAAUGAAUCACCAAAAAUGAAAGGAAGCAAAGAAAAAAAAAUUUAAAGAAUUAUUAAAAAAUCCCUCCCCAAAGCUGCCUUCCAGAGGGUUGGGCAAAAGAUAAAAGCUCUCCACGGAUCUGGGACUCCUCCUCUCCCACCACCGACUUCUCAUUUAAAUGUCUGCGUGCAGGCUGCAGCCGGCACUGCCUCCACGGCUGCCCCAGGGGAGCCCCCUCCGGCUCCCCGCCUGCCAUCCCUGCUGUGCCCUCGAGGUUGAUGCCCAUACGAGGGGACAGCAGAGCCAGGGCUUAGCACCCCAGAAGCAAGGACGCAGCAGCCUGGUGUGGCACGACCCUGAGGAGGUGAUCCCACCGGCAGACUAUGCGAGAGCCCCCGGCGGGGGCUGAGCCGAGCACUGCCUGCCUGGGCACGGAGGAGCGGACGGCAAGGGGGUCCCAGUGGAUGGACCCCCCGAGGCCAGCCCCCUGAUGUCAGCUCCGCUGCUGCUCUGGGUUACCCUUUUCCACUGGGCCACCAGCGGGGGCUUCAUCCGAGGGGGCAGGACGUGGCAGCACUGCACAGACCUGCGCCCACUGGACAUCCUCUCGGAGGUGGUUCCCACCACCAGGCUGGCCCAUGGCAUGAGGGUGUUUCAAGUAGAGGGGGUGCGUGGUUUCCAGCUUGCCACCUCGCGGCCCCGCGCCCUGGGCUUCCCCGCCUCCCGGCUCUUCAUCCACUGCGACCGCUUCCCCGAGGAGUUCUCCAUCAUCGUCACGCUGAGGGUCCUCAGUGUCCCCGCCAAGAGAAACGAGUAUGUCUUCACGCUGAUGGCAGAGGAGAGCUCCAGUGUGCUGGUGGGGCUGCGCUAUGCCUCCGACAAGCUCCACUUCCUCUUCUGGAGCCAGGAGCGUGCUGGCGGCUGGCAGACCCGCGUCACCUUCCCCAACGUCUCCCUCUCUGACAACCAGUGGCACACGCUCAUCCUGGCUGUCUCCGGCCAAUCCUUCUCCCUGACAGUGGACUGCAGCAUCCCCAAGGACGUGGUGGUGGAGACGCCGUUUCCAGCCUCUCUGUCAGUGAAGAGAGCCAGCUUCUACCUAGGCAACAGGAGGAGAAGGAAAGGAGUGUUCACGGGCUUGCUGAGGCAGCUCGUCCUGCUGCCAGGAGCUGAUGCCACCCCUCGGAUAUGCACUGCCAUGAACUUUAAAGUAGCAACGCUCUCUGUCCCCACUGUUCUCCAGGAUCUCCCUGCAAAGCCAGCAAGCAACGAAGUGCUAAAAUACCCUUACGAGACUGACACAAAGGUGACCCUGGGGUCCCGUCCACCCUGCACCAAGCAGGAGAAGGCGCAGUUCUGGUUCAAUGCCUCCCGCCGAGGGCUGUACCUCUGCAACGGCAGCACCUGGAUUUCCAUGCUGGAAGCGAAACAAAGGCUGGACUACGUGGAGGAGUACCAGAACCUGGAGACCAACUCGGAAACAAUGGGUGUUGAGGUCUUCACCAUCCCAAAGGUGGGACUGUUUGCAGCCACUGCCAACCGGUACACCCUGCCAGGAUCGGCCAUCUAUAAGUGGAUUGAUGGGAAGUUUGUGCCCUACCAGAACAUCCCCACCUACCAAGCUCAGUCCUGGAAGUAUUUCACCAUAGGAAAGAAGAUCUUCCUAGCAGUGGCUAAUUUUGAGCAGAAUGAGAGGGGUCAGGAGUUCUCUGUAAUAUACAAGUGGAGCCGCAGGAAAGAGAAAUUCAUCACAUACCAGAGGAUCACCACGCACAGCGCUAGGGACUGGGAGGCAUUUGUCAUUGAGGGAGAGACUUUCCUCGCAGUGGUCAACCACAGAGAAGGGAAUAACCACAACAUAGACAGCGUCAUAUACAGGUGGAACCCCAGGACAGGGUUGUUUGAAACCAACCAGACUAUCCCUACUUCUGGAGCCUAUGACUGGGAAUUUUUCACCAUCGGGCCGUAUUCCUUCCUGGCUGUGGCUAACACGUUCAAUGGCACAUCCACUAAGAUCUACUCGCACAUCUAUAUCUGGCUCAGUGGCUCUUUCCAGCUCUUCCAGUCUAUCCUGACAUUCGGUGCUGCUGACUGGGAGGUCUUUCAUAUCGGGGACAGAGUCUUCCUGGCUGUUGCAAACAGCCACAGCUAUGAUAGCAGGAUGCCAGCACCUUCUAACUUCUACGCCAUCAACUCCUCCAUCUAUGAGCUGAACAUCACUGCUCAGAUGUUUGUCAAAUUUCAGGACCUCCUCACAUACAGUGCCCUGGACUGGGAGUUCUUCUCGGUGGGAGAUGACUCUUUUCUGGUGGUAGCAAACUCCUUUGAUGGCUUCACCUUCUCCAUUAACAGUAUUAUCUACAGGUGGCAAGGCUAUGAAGGCUUCGUAGCGGCUCACCACCUCCCCACUGUCGGCUGUAGAGACUGGGAGGCAUUUCACACUGCUGAGGGCUCCUACCUCCUCUACUCCAGUGCCAAAGAGCCACUUUCCAAGGUGCUCAAGCUGAAAACGACCUGAAAUGUCUGAGACAUGCUCAGCUCAUCGCCAGGAUCGGAGCAAGCUGGGCAUCGAGGAGAAGAUGGAUCACAGCGCCCAGGGAUGCAUCAGCCCUGAAGCUGGCUGGCUGCGCGCUCUGCAGGGGCGGGAGGAGGAGGAGGGGAGCUCCAGGGUUCUCUGCAGCCUUGUCCAGGGGCUGGCAAAGGGGCUGCAACCCUGCUUUGGUGCUGUUUCUCCUGGGCAAGGUCUCCUGCCAUGUUCCAGCACCACGUCCUACCCAAGGUGCCUGGUGCCCAGGGACUUCCCUGGGCUCGCUGGGACCCUGGCGCUUGGCAGUCCCCAGCCAGGAGGGACCCAUUGGUUGUGGCCAGAGCUUUCACAAAGCCAGGGAAGAAAGAGACCGAGCCAGAGGCAGAGGGAGGAAAUGGGAUGUGAGAAAUUGGGGGAAAAGGUGGCUUGGGGCUUGGCCCUGGCUGCCCAGUGCAUGGGGCUGCAAUGCUGCUGAGGACCACUCUGGUCCAACAUUGCACAUCACCUAUUGUGUCCAUCUUUGGUGGCCUCACCACCCCAUCCCACUGCUAUGGGUGCCUGCCCACCCUCCUGCUCCGCCAUGGCCAGCUUUGGUCGUCCUCACCGAGUGACUUGUGCAUAUUGAACAAAUCCCUAGAUGUGUACAAGGACCAAUGCUGGUCCUUGCGCCCCUUCGCAUGAGGUUAGCGACUCCCGAGCAAACCUGCUGUGCACUGGGACCAAUCCAGCUACUGUGGGCAUGGGAAAGACUCCAAAGUGCUCCAGGUGAAACUGUGGCCUCUUUUCUUUUCCUCGCCUUUGUCUGGGGGACUCUUUUGCUUAACCAGAGCUCUAAUAAAGUGUGC